GCUAAGCGCUAGAGCUCGGGCUUGAGCCCAGGAAUCCGGAAGUAUCUAAGCAUAGCACAGAGCAGGUGCCAAAGGCUGGGACUGCAGGGACAACGCAGGCUUAGUGGGAUGCAGGUGGUGCCAGUGUCGCAGACACCCUUAGAGACCCCGAUGGAGGACUCCUCACUCACCUCUGCCUCUACCAUGGCUGCAAGAACCAUUGUCAUUGACCAUGGCUCUGGCUUUCUGAAGGCUGGCCUGUCGGGCUGGAACGAGCCACAGAUGGUCAUCCCAAACAUUGUGAACUAUGUGCCGUGCAGGGAGAAUCCUGGCCCCAGCUAUGCACAGAGGCGCGUGGGGCUGGGCAUCGACAUAUGCCACCCUGACACUUUCAGCUACCCCGUGCAGCGUGGCCGGGUCCUCAACUGGGAGGGCGUGGAGCACAUCUGGUCAUUUGUCUUGGAGAAGCAUAGGCGGGGCCAGAAGGACUUCCCUGUGCUGGUCACCGAGAGCCCAUUGAAGGUGCCCGCAGACCGCCGCAAGACUCUGGAGAUCAUGUUUGAGUUACUGGAUGUGCCCUCACUGCUUCUGGCUGACCAGCUGCAGAUGUCCUUGUACGCCUCGGGCCUGCUGACCGGCUUGGUGUUCGACUCCGGCUAUGGUCUGACCCGUGUGCAGCCCUUCCACCUGGGCUGCCCCUUGACCUCCUUCGGGAAGACGCUGGAGUUCGCCGGGCAGGAUAUCUCCACCUACCUCUUCAAGAGUCUCUUCAAGGAAGCUCAGGACCAACACAACAUCCUCCAGCUGGAUACAGUCACUGCCAUUCAGAUGAACAAGUGCUACGUGCGGCACAACCUGCCCGAGGUCCUGGGCCCCUGCCAGAGUCUGCCCAAAGGCUCGGAUGAGGGCAACAUCUACCAUCUGCCAGAUGGCACCACCAGGGAGCUGACACCCAUGCAGCAGCUCGCCCCUGAGAUGUUCUUUAGUCCCCAGAUGUUCGACAUGCCAGGGCCUAGCAUCUCACAGGUCAUCAUGGAAUCCAUGCAAGCUUGCAAGACCUCGAGACAUCAUCUGCUCCUGACUCACAUGAUGGCCUGUGGGGGGAACAUCCUGUACCCCGGCUUCUCCCAGCGGCUGUUGAACGAGCUGACCUCGCAGAAACAUUCCUCCAAGAUCAUUUUGCGUACGAGUAGUAAUCCACAUUUUAGUGUGUGGCUGGGUGCGUCUGUGGUGGCCCACCUCUCCACCUACAGGCCCCAGUGGAUAAGUAAAGGGGAAUAUGUCGAGGGAAAAGGGCUGUGACCCAUGGGCUAGCUAUUCCUGGUCAUGGGGGGUGCAGGUAGAGUAAUUCCAGGGAAUUAUCUGGGCUGAAGUGAGGGGGUGUAGACAUUUCUGGUUUCGGAAUUCUGGGGGUAAGGGAUAUUUUAGGAGUAUGGUUUUAUAGUAUGUCAAGAGUGAGGUCCAACCCAAGGGAUGUCCAACUCAAAACCUUGCAAGGCUUAGCUUUUCCAACAUGGGUGGCAUUGGGUGGGUACCCCUGUCACUUCCAUACCCAGCUUGGGUUUUGCUGGUGACUUUCCCUAGAGUUGUCCCAUUCAUAGUUGAAUUUUAACAGGAGAUAGGCAGCUUUUCUACAUUUUGGUUCUUUUUGGUGGGGGGAGGGGUUGUGGGAAGGGGACAGUUGUAGUUUCUAGUUUGAUAGCACCCCCCCCCC